UUAAAUUUACAUCAUCCCUUAUACAUCUUCUUUUGCAUACCAGAACCUUCAUUUGCUCAAGCGACAGUGAUUAAGCCACAGUUCGAAGUCAGUUAAAGCCGAUCAAUAAGCCCCUAGUCUCCCCAGUCCCCAAGGUUAUUUUGAAUUGAUAUUUGGAUUUAAAAAUGUGUCUAUCAUUUGGUAACGAGUAACGACAUUCUAUGAUCGCGUAUCAUCCAUUACUGGAGCCAACAAAAUUGUUGCAUCUCAGUGGCGGCCGAGUUAGUGUAGUUUAAGAGGUGUCCUUUCAUUUUUUUUUUAAUCUAAAUUAUAGUAUGUGUGUUCAUAUCUAGACUAAAAUAUUAAAAAGUGGUAGGAUGAUGGUUAGUAGCUCCCCUUCUCCUCCGACAUAUGGGUUUAAUAAUGGAAGGUUGUUGCAAGACAUUUUCAACGCAUAUCGGCUUCUCUAUUGUAAGUUCUUGUUUCGCCACUAUUAUAACCUAGAUUUAAUCAACAUUAUUGUUUUUUUUUUCUCCAUAUUCAGCGGAAACAUAUGAAGACCUUGUCAGUUAUUAUCCUCUUAAUGGUGGUUCAUCACUUUGCCGUUAUUUGUCACGGUAUGUAAAAUUUUAAAGCGUACACAAUAUUUUCUCUAGAUUUAUUUAUGCAUGUGUUUAUACCAACAUACAUUUGAAGUGGCACUGAGUUUGAGUUAUUAUUAUUGUUAUUAGGAAGAGAUAAUUAUCAUGAACCACUUCCACUUCAUCCUCCACUGCAUCCUCCAUAUAUGUGCGUGAAAGCUGUGAUACCGGGACAACAGGCGUGUAUGUUUAUGACGUGUGAUUACCAAUGUAGACGGCUACUUGGAUAUGAGUCCUAUGGACACUGCCCUUGGUUGACUUGUCAAUGUUUCUAUCCCUGUGACGAGGAGCCACACAACACACAAGCUCCAUCCCUAGAUUAGACUUAGACGACCCUUUUGUGAAUGAAUGAAUGUUUCUUGCCGGCCGGCCAGGUUAUGAUCAGUUAGCUAUCGACCGGACAAGAUAAAUCUAUUUGUUUAAAAUAAGUUAAUGGUACUCUGAUCGACUUAAGUUUAUCACGAUGAAGGUAACUGCAUGUGUAUUUCAUGUCGCAAGUAGGUAGGAAAUAAAAAUGAUAUUGUUCUAUUCCUAAAUUUUUUUCUUAUUAAAUAAGGGGUGAUUGAUUGUGCGUAAUUUUUUGAAUGGUAUAAUGUACAUAAUUUCUAUAUGAGUGUGUGUGCGCAAGCGAGGAGAGGAAGGGGAGGGGAGAAGUAAGAGAAGACAUAAGUCGACAGCGAGAAGUGCCCGCCUUUGGAAGAGAGAGUACACCAAUGAUGCUCCUAGCAGAGAAGUAAGGAAGACGCCGCAACUUGAAGAACGAUCUGGCUAGAGAGAAAUGAAUAUGGAUAAUUUUAUUAUCAUUCAAUAAUUGACGUAGUGUUUAACUUUAUUAUGGAAAAUUCACAUUUACGAUUCAGUUGUAUUUCAUUAUCGAUUUAGAAAGCUUUGAAGAUGACUGUAAUUUUAGGGUUUGUGCUAUUGAGGUUUAGGGUUGUGAGUAAUGGUGGAAGAUUUUUUAUUUUUUUAUUUUUUAUAAAAGUAAUGGUGGAAGUUUGGUUUGUGACAAUUUGCAAACCACACCAAAUCCCACAUAUUGGGUUUGACCGAGAGACCAUCCGGCGGACGGGGGUGGGGUAGUCAUUUCUCAGUUGCAGUUCAUGAAGGCUAGUGGAAGGAAGCCUGAUUGGGCCUAUAGCGAGCCCGAUAACGACUCGCCCAUGGAUUCCGUUGUUACCAUCAAUAUUGGACCCUGUUUUGCAGCCCACCGCUUACGCGAGAUUCAAUUAUCGCCUAUUUGUUCAGAGGAAUCUUUGGGUCCCACCAGAAGGCUACGUCAUUCUUCUCGUUGGGCCGGCUACGGUCACAUUCAGACUUCCACUACACUCGCUUCGCUUCCACCACCGAAAAGGUUUGGUCUUUUCUCUUCUGAUCUCUACCACCUUCUUUCGCUCACUCAUCGCCAUUGAUAUUACAGAAGGGAAUCAAUAGAAAACUCAGAACCCCUUCUCCCUUUCCCCUUCUCUCUUUGUUUAUCUGUAAUUCUAUCUGUGAUUCUCAGGUUUGUAAGGGAUUUGUUGAAUGUAAAGAAAAGAAAUGCCUGGAAUAAAGGGUCCUUCGGAGUAUUCCCGGGAACCACCUCGCCAUCCUUCCCUCGUGAUCAAUUCCAAGCAACCAUUCAAUGCGGAGCCACCUCGUUCAGCUUUGGUGAAUUCUUAUGUGACUCCAGUGGACUUCUUCUACAAGAGAAAUCAUGGUCCCAUUCCAGUGGUUGAUGAUAUUGAAAGAUACUCUGUCUCUUUGAAUGGGCUGAUUGAAACCCCCAAGGAGCUGACCAUGAGAGAUAUCAGGUCGCUUCCAAAGUACAGUGUUGCAGCUACCUUGCAGUGCGCUGGUAACAGGAGGACUGCCAUGAGCAAAGUCAAGACAGUUAAAGGAGUUGGGUGGGGUAUCUCUGCGAUUGGAAAUGCUGUUUGGGGUGGUGCCAAACUGGCUGAUGUUCUUGAACUUGUUGGCAUACCUAAGUUCACUGCUGCCACCAAAUCUGGUGGGAAGCAUGUUGAAUUUGUGAGCAUUGAUAAAUGCAAGGAGGAGAAUGGGGGACCUUAUAAAGCAUCGAUUCCGCUCUUCCAAGCCACAAACCCUGAUGCUGAUGUUCUACUUGCUUAUGAGAUGAAUGGAGAGUGUUUAAACAGGGACCAUGGUUAUCCAUUACGAGUGGUUGUCCCAGGUGUCAUAGGUGCUCGUUCUGUGAAGUGGUUGGAUUCCAUCAACAUAUUAGCCAAUGAAUGUCAGGGCUUCUUCAUGCAAAAAGACUAUAAGAUGUUCCCGCCUUCAGUCAACUGGGAUAACAUUGAUUGGUCAACGAGGAGGCCACAAAUGGACUUCCCUGUCCAGAGUGCCAUUUGUUCCUUAGAGGAUCUGACUGUCAUGAAGCAGCCUGGGAAGGUUAGGGUCAGCGGGUAUGCAGUAUCAGGAGGUGGGCGGGGGAUCGAGAGAGUCGAUGUGUCAAUGGAUGGUGGUAAGACCUGGGUGGAAGCUACCAGGUACCAAAAGCCCGGAAUUUCAUAUGUAUCCGAUGAUACGAACAGUGACAAAUGGGCAUGGGUUCUUUUUGAGGCUACUGUGGAUGUCCCUCAUAGUGUAGAGAUUGUGGCUAAAGCAGUGGAUUCAGCAGCAAAUGUGCAGCCUGAAAGCGUGCAAGAAAUCUGGAACCUGAGAGGGGUACUGAACACAUCGUGGCACCGGGUUCAACUCCGUGUUGGGCACUCGAACUUGUAGAAAUCGAUCCAUGUAAACAAUGAAAGCAGUGGCUUUUGCUGGAAGAUGUAGAGAUCAAUUAGCAUCUAGUUGUGUGGUGUUGUUGGUCUAGAGAACAAUGAUAAACUGUGGUUUUCUGUUGUCAUAGUCAUAGUCAUAGUCUCUGAAAGAAACUGUGGUGAAACCAUCUCAUGGUCUAUUGGAAAGAAAUAAGAACAAUAGUCAUAUUAGUGAGGUAAAAAGCUGUUUCUUUUAUGUUUGCUCGUUUCUGAAAGUGUGGAAGUUGGCUGAUGAGUCAUGGCUUAGCAAGUCUCAAAUUCGACUAUUUUUUUUUCCCCAUUCAAACCAUCUCCGGGGAGAGGAAGAUAAGAUCCACACAACGUUAAUUACAAACUCCGUAACCAAAAUACAUAGUCGAACCUCGACAGGACCCGAGGCGACAAACUCAAAUUCGACUACUUGAUAAACACUUGGACGUAAACGGGGUUGGGCUCCUUUUCAAGGCUCACGCUUGUCAAAUCCAAUACUAAUUUGACUUAACAAAGGUCUGGCUCAAAUACCCAAGACAAAACUUGUUACAUAGACCCAUACUAAAACUUCGUGGUUCCGAGUACAAAAUCUAUAAAAUGUUCCAUGUUACCAUUUCUAAUAAGAAUCCUACAAUUUAUUAUAUGAAUUUUAUUAAGGAUAACAAAACAUGAAAUUUUGUAAGUUUGAUAUCCUUUCCAACAGGUAAAAACUCGACUAGCUGUUUAGUUCUUCUCCAGGCUAGCAAGUAUUUCUCUCUCCAUAGUUGCAAAUUUUGGAUUUGCUACAUGAGUUCAAGUUAGGUCAAUGUAUAGCGAGGUGUAAUUUGAUGAAUUUUUUGAGACACUUGUAUUGUAUGUAAAAGUAGAGGAAUAACAUUAUUUUAAUGAAAAGAGAUAUAAUAAUGACUAAUAUUAUAUUAGUUCAAAUGCAAAAAGUUAUAUUAUACUGAAACAUCAAACUACAAACACUGAUCACAAAUAUCAAAAUCUGAACAAACAAACUAAAAGAAAUUAAUUACAAACCUCAACUAGUGUCAUCACUCACAUAUUCAUCGAUAAUUAUCACAACAUUCGUCAUAAUUAUAUGAAUCUAGAUAACUCAUUCCAUUUUACAUAUGUUUUGGAAUAUAACAUGCAUGACAGGCCAUAACUAAGCACAUUUGAUUGGAAUAUAACUAAUGGCUAAUCUGCUUUACUUCUUUUUCCCCAACUCUUCUCUCUUGUGUGUGGUCGUAAGAACUCUUGGUAUCACCAAAGUUUCAACAUCGAACUCUCUUGGCUGUCUGUCUGUCACUUUCCUGAGCGUGUACUUUCUUUCCAACACAUAUCCUUUGUCUGCAUCUGCCAUAGAAGGAGAGGACACCUGCUCUGGAAGUGAGAACGUGUAAACCAGCACACAUUUGGUUAACAAGAGAACAAAAGAAACGAGACAAAGAAAAGCAAGCAAGAAGGCAAAAGAAUUGCCUCUUCUCUCGAUAAUCUUAAUAUGAGAAGGCGUUCAAGAGACAGAAUAUUCAAAGCACCAGUUCCAAAAGAUUCUUAGGAGUAGGUUUGCACCUUUGAUAUCAUCUAAUAGACUAAUAUAUAGUUAUGAGGUUUGGACCUUAAGACUGACUUAUAAUAAGAAGAAGAAUUGAUCGAGGUUACACAAUGAUUGAUCAACUUGUUUUACAUAAUUUGACAUAUAUUUUUCUGUUGUAUACUCGUAAUAAGAAAAACAACCUAUAAGUUAAUCUAAUAGUUAAUCAUUAAGUUCGAGAUCCGUGAAUGAUAAAAGUAUUAAAUUUCUUAUGUCUUA